CUGGGUCCCAAAAUCAUACACUACAGUACUAGAUAAGCAGAUGUGCUGCAUUGAUUCUCAAGGGGAAGGUUGUGUGCAAACAGAUAACACGCUAUUUGAAACAAGACUGUAGUCAUGCACUUAUUAGAUACUGUUGUUGGAUAUUUUAUCAGGAUAACACACUUGGGUGCACUUCCUAAGUACACAAUUAAUGCAGAAAGCAGCUUGGUGAUAAUGGCAAAGGAAAAACUCCCUGAGAGGACAUGAGGAAGGAACCCACCCUCUUCUGUAGAACUUGUAAUAGUGUGAUAAUCAAUCAUUGUUGAAUCAGUGUGUUGAAAGAGUGUUUAGUGAGAGUCCUGGGACGUGCACAGGACAGACUUUAUGAUUACCUCAGCAGUUCUCAGGUACAAAUCAAGUAUCCAGGUGCGAUUAUGAGUUGACGCAAAGCUGAGAAAUGGGAAUAAACUGGUUCUGUGAAGGGAAGAUCUUUAGGGCAUCCAUGGAGGAGCUGUAGAAGGUGAGUCCCAGGUGCACAAGUAGAGCAUCAUGAUGAAGCAGCUACAGCAGGUGUGUUCAAGAUACUGCACCAGUACUCAUAAUACGCAUUGCCUCUUAUAAUAAAGCCUCACAUUUGACACAAGUAUUGGUGUUUUGAGACACUAUUUAGUGCGCUAGGAUGCGGUUUGGAGUGUGGCCAUUGAAAACAUCUCGAGGCAACGCCCACCGGCAGCUGACGCGCGUAAACCGGCGCGCACACGCACGCACGCACGCACACGCACGCACGCGCGACUGGAGAGGCGCUGCUCCGUAACCAUUCACUACUGUGUGUGUGUGUCAGCUAGGCAGUUUGCAGAGCUCUGGACAAGACUGAUUUGGUUUCGGCUCGUAUUUGUGUUUUGUGUACCAGCUUGUGAUUGACAAUGCAUGCGUCCUGCUGGAAUACCGCGUCCUAGAAGUAGCGCGUGUUGGGAUUUUACUCCACUGACGUUUGCCGAAACUUCGUGGCGCGCGCCUUGCUCAUCCGCGUCCUCUUUCAUUUCUUGUACCGGAUUAAAGGCUUUUCACUUCACCGCGCACUUCACAUGGUAUACUGGUUCCCAGAGCAGGGUAUGCUCGUUUCCACGUACAGCGCGCGCACUCCAGAUGCAUGUACUGCUUGACCGGGACAGGAAAGAAGCCGCGGUUGGCACCGGCACCAUGUUCAGCUGUGUGGGCUGCUUCUGGCUGCUGCUGUCCGCCGCGCUCGUUGCGCUCUGCAGCUUCAGCUUCAUCUCUCCAGCCUGGAUCGUGAAGGAGCAGCAGCACGGGAGGAGCGGCCACUCGGUCAGUUUCGGCCUGCUCUGGCACUGCUCCGAGUCUCUGGACCACAUGUACACAUGCUACGCGUUUGGCGGCAUUGGGAGGUUUGCCGAGAUUCCCUCCAGCUCCUGGCAGACGAGCGCUGUGCUGUGCUCCGGAGGUUGCGCGCUGUUGGCCGUCAGCUCGCUGCUGGCUAUCAUCACCAUCUUCUUGCCUGGUGGAAACUGCGAGAGGAAGAUCUGCACACUGGCUGGGUACAUGCAGAUGGCUGCAGUGUUCAUCAUGGCAUCUGGCUUGCUGGUUUAUCCCUUUGGCCUAAACUCCAGUUUGGUCAAGUCUUUCUGCGGAAACUCGGACAUCUACUACGCCGGCGAGUGCCAGAUAGGCUGGGGCUACAUGUUGGCCAUCGUGGGUGUCAUGCUCACCCUCUUUUUACCCUUCUUUGCCAAGUACGCCCCAAAAGAGCAUCUCCUGCCCACCCCACUGCCCACACUUUUAUAAACCUCCUGCUAUGCCCAUCGUAUCUCCUCUGAGCUGUUAAGAUCUGUAUCGCCCCAUUCUUUUUCUUGGUCAACAAUGAUAAUGUUGCCACUUUGGAAUAAGUGUGCCCAGAGGAGCCAUUGUAUUCAUUGUGUGAUGUGCUACAUUGUCUUCCUUCACCUGAUAAGCUACUUCCUUUCAUCGGCAUCCCUCGUGGUUCUGAAAAGUCUUUAUUUGGAAAUGCAAAUUCCUGGAAACUCCCGUUUUUCCUUUUCUCACUACAAACUAAUUUAUGCUUUUAAUCACAUGAAAUGCAAUUUAAUGCAUCAACACUGAAAUCUUUGGAAAGGCAACACCAAAACAGCAGACUAAACUAUGCGAAUGGUAAAUCUAACAUUCUAAUUCUACCUAAUACACAUCUGGAUGCAAAGAAUGUGAGAGGACAAGGAGAACUGUUCUCCCAAACAUCAGGGAUUAUUCCGAACAUCAAGAGGAAAGCAAGGAACUCAAGUCUUUCAUGCAACGUCAAAUAAUAUUCAACUACCCAAGACCAAUUACAAAGGAGAGUAGGAACACUGUUCUUGGAUCCACUGGCUAUGAAUGUUUUCUUCUUCACUAUGGAUCAGGCUUUUGAGGAAAUAAAAUGGGUUUAUGAUCCCAAUGAAAAUCUGAAGGGUUUGAAAAAUCUGCCAUAUAUUUAUCCAGUAACAACAAACACUGUGGCUAACAGGCUAGGAGAACAGAAAAACCUUUUCUUAAAAAAUUUAUUACACAAACUGGUGUUUUUUAAUAUAUUUUGCUUUAGAACCUGGGCUGUGACUAGUCAGUGCACGUCCAGCAGUGAGAAAAUAGUAGAUGACGCUUGUGACCACUUAAAUGAAGAAAAAAAAAAAGGGAGUGGGGGCAACAAAAGCACUGACAUUUUCAACUUGUGUUGUAAUUUUAAAUGACCUAAAAAUCUGAAAACCUGUGUGUCUCUGUUUGCCGUCACUUCCUAUCAGUUUUAAUAGGAAUAUUAAAUGUCCAAGUUAUACCGUCUGUUUUGUGCUUGGACCCUUCACUAAACUGAAUAUUCAGGAUUACACAAGAUCAAGAAAAAAAAAUACAAGAUAUACUGAUGGAAAAAAAAAAUAAAUGCAACACUUUCUUAUUGGUUGUACAGAAAGCUCAGUGAAUGGUGCUUGUUUUUUUUUGGUUCUGUUUUUUAGUAGAAGAAAAAAGUCUUAAGGAGGUCUCUAUUGCACAAAGCCUUGAAAGUCAUGAAACUGAAAUGUAAGGACAAGAGGAUGAUUAGAGUAAGCAAGACUACUGUGUCUUGGCUGUUGAUACACUUUUAGCACUCUGGCAGGACGGCCGAGCAUCUGGUUGAUAAAUGUGGACUCCCUCGCCUGACCUUUUCACUUCAGAAGCACCUAUGGGACGUUGUGAAUUACAACAUCGGACACUAAUCACAUGCUUCUGCAGGAAUUGGAGAAAAAUCUCACUACUACUUUGGCUCUCUGAACUGAAGGUCUAAACCAAAUGAGGCUCUAAAGUUACAAAAACACUACAGUGUGACAUCUCAGUGUUCAAACUUACCAUGUUCCUGUUAUUAUGUCUUUAUUAUUGUUGUUUAGGCAGUGAGGGUUGAGAUCUCUAUCCAAUCAGUGUUGCAUUUCUUUUUUUUCCCCCCCAUUAGUGCACGCAAAGUCGUCACAGAGAUACUCCUCUAGAUAAAAACAAAAAACUUUUUCUGCCCUAACCAAUGUGUGCCUUUUUUUUUAAACCAUGACUAAGAAGACUUCAAUACCUUUGAUCAGGUUACUUCUGCUGAAACUGUAGUUUUGUAAAUGCUUCCUAGUUUUUCGGUUUCUCCCCCUGUGUUGUGCAUUUCUGUGAAUGUCUUGAUUUGCUAUAAAUGCAACGGGGAUUGUUUCAGGUGUAAGUCGCCAGACGGUAACUCUAGCAAGUUCACAUGAAGCUGUACAAAUAGAAUUUCCAAGGGGAUGAAAAAAAUAACAAAAUAAGGAGCAUAUAAAUAGGAAAACAAAUGGGUGAGGGAUUAAAACAAAAGAGCCCUACUUUCAUUUUAUGUCAAGAGUAAAUAGUCAGUUACUCUCAAUGAA